CAACCUCGGUACUUUACGCAACAUGUUAUAGGCCCAAUGCACAAACUGAUUUUCAUAGCUGAUGCCCUAAUGUAUUAGCCGAGUCCAGGAGCCAUCAGAGUAGCUGAAACCUCCUCCUUCUACAGUAUGCGAGGACGUGCACACUUGGCACCAAGAUAAACCACACCUAUAAUUGUUUUUAUAUUCUAGUCAGGCUAGAUGACUGGGAAACAGACUGGAGAUUUACAGCGUCCUGUUUUUUAAUAUUCACUUUGUAAUACAGAGUGAACGGAAAGAAAAAAAGGGGAAAUGUGUGGAGCGCUUCUGUUAGUAAGGACGGGACUCUAAACGCCACGGUAGCACAGGACAAUUUUUAUUGUAAUAAGAGAUUUGGGACAACGCGUUUUGGUGCUGGCACGCGCCUUCCUCAGGUCCACAAACAAUCAAGAUGUCCGCGACAACCCGUUGCUCGUUGCCAGGUGAUGAAGCAAUGCCAGAGAGAUUCCGAUUGCUCAUCCGGUCAGAGUUGUUGUAGUAGUGGAUGUGGUCUACGAUGCCUUAGCGGGUGGUGCCAAUCCAGCAAAGCCACAAGAUGCCGUCCCCGGGGUGCCUGCUGCUGUGCUCCCUGAUCCUUGCACUACUAUCCCCAGCAUCAGGAUAUUACCUGAGAAGACCAAGAUGUCCUGCCGCUGUUUCUCGUACAAACUGUCAGUCGGUUCCGGUGAGUCCGUGCAUGCGGAAUACAGACUGUCUGGGCAGUCAGAGUUGUUGUGAUAUCGGAUGCGGUUUACAUUGCUUUUCCGUUGACAGAUUCCUUGAUGGACUCCCUAAUUUCUUCUCAAACUUCUUUUGUGCUGGAUGCGGACGUGGAUGUUCAGGUGGUGGAUGUGGAGGACGGUGCUCAAGAUGUGGACAAAAUGGUGGCUAUGGAGGAGGAUACGGAGGGUGCCCAGCAGUCCCGGCAAAUAAUCGGUGCCCAGUCUCUCGAAACCGAUGUUCCUUUGACUUAGAUUGUGGCGGCGGCGGCAGAUGCUGUAAUAAUGGAUGCAAUAAUGUGUGCACCAGAAAUCUGGCAGGACUUUCAUCCGUAUUCUCAAUAUUCUAUGACCCAUUUAGCUACGCAGCUUUUGGUCCAUUUAGAAAUUCUUUCUGGUUCGGUUGAAGCUGCGGUCACAUUUAUUGUAAUGCACUGAAGGCCAAAACACUGAAACUUGCCGCCUACAGAGUCAUCAGAAGAGGAACCCUCUAGUAUCGGGGUGUUUCACACUUUAUCUAUUCAGCUGAAGGGGAAAGUUCCAAGCAAGAAGAUGUCAAUCCAAAAAUGUUCCCAAUAUACAAAACAGAUGUUGUCA